AUGACGCCAAAUGAGCUCAAGUAUUCACCUAUCGAGAAGUUAUGUUUGGCACUUGUCUUCUCUAUUCAAAAGCUGAAGCAUUACUUCCAGGCUCACAUUGUGCGACUCGUCUCAAGAGCGAAUCCUAUCAAGUUUGUCAUGUCUAAACCAGUCCUAAGCGAUCGAUUAGCGAGGUGGUACGUCCAAUUUCAACAAUUUGAAAUUGUGUAUGUUCCUCAAAAGGCGGUUAAAGGACAAGCAUUAGCAGACUUCCUAGCUGACCAUCCAAUUCCAGAUGAUUGGGAGUUGUCUGAUGAAUUGCCUGAUGAAGAUGCAACGGUCAUAGAAAUUCAACCUCCUUGGAAGAUGUAUUUUGAUGGCGCUGCACAUCGUGAAGGAGCUGGCGUUGGAAUAGUGUUUAUCACUUCUCAAGGAGAAGUUUUGCCAUAUUCUUUCACUCUGAAACAACGGUGCUCCAAUAAUGUUAUUGAAUAUCAAGCGCUCAUACUUGGGCUUGAAAUGGCUGUGGAUAUCAAACAAUUGCAACUACAAGUUUUUGGAGACUCCAAGUUAGUGAUCAAUCAGAUUUUGGGUAGCUAUGAGGUCAAGAAGCCAGAAUUGGUGCCACAUCACAAAUAUGCUCAAAGAUUGGUAAGUUGGCUUGGAGAGGUAACUAUUCGACACGUGCCGAGAAAGGAAAACAACAGAGCUGAUGCAUUAGCAGCCUUAGCUUCUACAUUAUCUUUGCCUGAUCAGACACAAGUCGUUGUUUGCUAA